GCCCUCCUCGUUCCCGCAGUCCACCUCAUUCAAGACAACUUUUUCCAAAAAGAAAGCAAAAUCAUCCGUGUUUUGAGUCACUUCCGAUUAUCGUUUAAUUUCGGCCCCUACUUCCCACAACGUCCUGUGUGUGAUUGCUUCGUGUUGCGUAAAAAGAGUGGAGUCAAAAUGUUCCGCACUUCCAUUUUCGACAAAAGUCUAGAAAAUGCUACCAGCAAUCUUAACCUGGAGCCCGACUGGCAGGCGAUACUGGUCAUUUGUGAUACGAUCCGGCAGGGCGACGUGAACGCAAAGUAUGCGGUGCAGGCACUGAAGAAAAAGAUGUCCUCACCGAACCCGAUCACGGCCCUGUACGCUCUGCUGGUGCUGGAGAGUAUGGUGAAGAACUGUGGUUCUCCGGUGCACGACGAGAUCGCCAACAAGGCCAACUGUGAGAUGUUCCAGAAUCUCGUGAACAGCACGAAGCACGAGGAGGUGCGAGCGAAAAUGCUCGAGUUGAUCCAGACGUGGGCUUUCGCGUUCCGUUCCACCAUCAAGUACCGCUCAAUAAGGGAUACGAUGAAUAUUCUAAAAACCGAGGGCCACAAGUUCCCGGAACUGAAGGAGGCCGAUGCUAUGUUCUCGUCCGACAUUGCGCCGGACUGGGUGGAUGGAGAGGUGUGCCACCGUUGCCGCUCGCAGUUUACGUUUACCGUGCGCAAGCACCACUGUCGUAACUGUGGGCAGGUCUUCUGUGCGCUGUGCUCCUCGAAGACGAGCACCCUCCCCAAGUUCGGGAUCGAGAAGGAAGUGCGCGUAUGUGACGGCUGUUUCGCGCAGUUGCAGCGUCCGACGGCCACACUGACGAAGAAGUCGACCGAAGAGGAGGAUCUGCCGGCCGAAUAUCUGACGAGUUCUUUGGCCCAGCAAGCGCAAGGGCCAGCGCGUAAGACAGACGAAGAGCUACGCGAAGAGGAAGAGCUACAGUUGGCGCUCGCUCUCAGCCAAUCGGAGGCGGAAACGAAACAAGCGCAAGCACAAACGCGUCGUGCUCCCACGUUCCACAAAUCACCGUCGCCGGAACCGCAGCUGGCCGCUACGGUUGCGGCCCCGAUCAAACGGAGCCCAUCGCCAGUCGAGGAACCACCGACCGAUCCGGAGUUGGCUCGCUAUCUGAACCGCAAUUACUGGGAGCAAAGGCAGAUGAUGGAAUCGCCAGCCUCACCGUCCGCUCCCAGUCCCAUGCCAAGCCCAAUGCCCUCGUUGCAACCGAGUUUGCUGCUGAAGGGUGCCCCAGAGGACGUGGAAAUUGAUGAUUUUUCCAACUCGAUGAAAACGCAGGUCGAGAUCUUUGUCAAUCGGAUGAAAUCAAACUCGAGCCGUGGUCGUAGCAUCUCGUGCGAUAGUGCCGUUCAGACGCUGUUCAUGAAUCUCACUUCGCUGCACGCCCGGCUACUUACGUUCAUCAAGGAUAUGGACGAUAAGCGGAUGUGGUACGAGCAGCUGCAGGAUAAGCUGACCCAGAUCAAAGACUCCCGGGCGGCACUGGAUGUUCUGCGGCAGGAGCAUCAAGAGAAGCUGCAGCGUAUCGCCGAGGAGCAGGAGCGCCAACGGCAGCUGCAGAUGGCCCAGAAGCUGGAGAUAAUGCGCAAGAAGAAGCAAGAGUAUCUGCAGUACCAGCGGCAAGUAGCGUUACAACGUAUACAGGAGCAGGAACGGGAGAUGCAGAUGCGCCAGGAGCAACAAAAGGCCCAGUACCGGAUGGGAACGGCUUUCCCGUUCAUGCCAGCACCGGGCCCUGGACAGCAGGGACCGCAGGGCUCACCAGUACACGUUGGCAUGCCGGGACCGUACCCGGGACCUGGUUAUGGCUAUGCUCCGAUGCCACCAGCCAACGGUACGCUUCCUCACUAUCAUCCGCAGCAACAGCCCCAGCAGCCACCACAACAACAGCAACAGCAACAACAGCAACAGCAGCCUCCGCAGCAAUUAUUCUCACCACAGCACGCCGGUCAGUACGCAAUGCCUGGAGCUACUGCGCCGGGAGCUGAGGGAGCACCCAUGCAGGGUGGUCCCGGUAUUAUACCACCGGGAAUGAAUGUAAUGCAUGGACAGGUACCACCACCGGGAGCAAUGGCCAUGCCUGGUGCUCCUCCAAUGAUGGGACCACCGCAACAACCUCCACAGCAGGCACCGCCAGCGAUGAUGAGCGGUCCGCCGGUUGCAAUGCCUGGUCCCGAGCAACUUCAGCAACCGGCGGGUCAACAACCGCAGCCUCCAAUGCCACAGCAGAUACCCCAGCAUCCGCAGCAACAGCAUCCGCAGCCUGCUGCUGCAGUUGCAGUACCGACGCAGCAACCGCCGCCUACUGCUAUCGCACCUGAACCAACACCGGUACCAUCCCAACCGCAACCAACGGCAACUGCACCGGAGCCGGCCACAGCUGAGCUAAUAAGCUUCGAUUAGGCGAACAAAAGGCAUCUUGACUGUACCUAUAUUUGGCUUGGCCUUUUUAUUAUUUGCAAAUGUACUCUGUUGGUUAAUUAACGCAUGUAUCCCCCUAGCUGUGUCGCUAUGCGUAUUCCCUAAUAAACGAUAUUCUACUCCCUGAAAUGUGUCUUCAA